UUUCCAAAUUCCUCUUUUCUUCCUAUUUCAACGGCUUAGAUAUUUCCCAAUUUUCUUCAACAUGAACUAUUUUAAUUUUAACAUCACCACCGACACCAUGUUCCUUCCUUACCGCCUAAAUUAACAUCACAGAAUAUCUUCCAACUUCGCCAUUACUGCAAAAAUACAACUAUAAAUUCAUCAAUCAAAACACAUAACAAACUAUCUUCUUUUCUUUCUAAUGGGUUCUCUACCGGCAUUUCCAAACGGUUAUCCUCCGAAGCAAAGAAUUACCACCCUAAUUGACGAAACUACCCUCGCCGAUCUCUUCAAAUCCCAGCAAAACCACCUCAACUUCUUCUUCAACCGCAUCGACCAUUCCCAAACCCUAGCCUUCACACGCACUCUCCUCAACGCCUCCGGCACCGUCUUCUUCACCGGCGUCGGUAAAUCCGGCUUCGUCGCACAUAAAAUCUCUCAAACACUCGUCUCCCUCGGCAUCCGUUCUGCUUUUCUAUCCCCCGUCGAUGCUCUGCACGGCGACAUCGGAAUCCUCACCGAUCGCGAUGUGCUCGUUCUUUUGAGCAAAUCCGGUGCUACCGAGGAACUUAUUCGCCUUGUUCCUUGCGCUAGAGCGAAAGGUACGCGUCUCAUUGCUGUGACGUCCGUUGAAGGGAACGCGCUUUCGGCGGUGUGUGAUAUGACCGUGCAUUUGCCGUUGGAGAGGGAGCUUUGUCCGUUUAACCUUGCGCCUGUUACUUCCACUGCGAUUCAAAUGGUUUUUGGUGAUACGGUGGCGAUUGCGCUCAUGGCAGCAAGGAAUCUCACCAAGGAUGAGUACGCUGCUAACCAUCCCGCUGGGAAAAUCGGCAAGAGCCUCAUCUUUAAGGUAAGAGAUGUGAUGAAAAAAGACGAGGAGCUUCCUAUUUGCAGGGAAUCAGAUUUGAUUAUGGAUCAGCUUGUGGAGCUUACGAGUAAAGGAUGUGGAUGCCUUCUUGUUAUUGACGAUGAUCGCCGUUUGAUUGGGACAUUUACUGAUGGUGAUCUGCGUCGUACCCUCAAAGCUAGUGGGGAAGGCAUUUUCAAACUCACUGUAGGGAAAAUGUGCAACAGGAAUCCGAGAACUAUUGGUCCAGAUGCUAUGGCAGUGGAUGCAAUGAAGAAGAUGGAAGCCCCUCCAUCACCAGUCCAAUUCUUGCCUGUGAUAGAUGAUGACAAUAUUGUGAUUGGGAUUGUUACGUUGCAUGGUUUGGUUUCAGCUGGUCUGUGAUUAUGUCUUAUAAACCAUAGAGCCUAUGUUGCUAUUAGUUCAUUGAGUCAUUCUUCAGCUGAGUUGUGAUUAUGUCGUAUAAAUCAUUGAGUCAUUCUUCAGCUGGGUUGUGAUUAUGUCCUAUAAAUCAUAGAGCCUAUGUUGCUAUUAGUUCAUUGAGUUAUUCUUCAGCUGGGUUGUGAUUAUGUUGUAUAAAUCAUAGAGCCUAUUUUUCGCUAUUAGUUCAUUGAGUUAUUCUUCAACUGAGUUGUGAUUAUGUCGGAUAAAUCAUAGAGCCCAUUUCCCUAUUAGUUCAUUGAGUUAUUCUUCAGCUGGGUUGUGAUUAUAUCGUAUAAAUCAUAGAGCCUAUUUCGCUAUUAGUUCACUGAGUCAUUCUUUAUAGCAUUUGCAUUUGAAUGCGGCCAAUUUCGAGCGGGAUUCUGGUGUUCUUCUGUAACUCUAUUCCACAGGGAAAUAGGAUAUCUUUUCCAUCUCACUUUUGGUUCAAGAGUGCAAAUUGUUUGAUGAAAACAACUUUCUCCACACUCUACAUUUCUAUAAAUCAUCUAGAGUAUUUUCGGACAUGAAAAACACUACUUUUUGUUCAGAAGUGCACGUCCUGUGCCAACCCAGAAACUGUAUUUUUUCUGGUUGGGAAAAGUUCCUCCCUUGUUUGAUGCUAUGUUGGACCUAUUUGUCUCAUGGGUCUGGCUUUGUAUUACUAUAUCCGUGUGUCUAUUUAUUGUCCUACUUUCAGGAAGUAAGAGAUGUUGUUUAUGAAGAUUUGUGUAAAUUAUUAAUUUAUCAUUGUAUAUUAGUUCCUCCCUUGUAUUGAAUGUUAAAAAUAUGCACAUGUUUCAAGUUCCAACAAUAGCUGAUCUA